CAGGCAAAGUACAAGGAGCGAGGGACAGUCCUGGCCGAGGACCAGCUGGCCCAGAUGUCUAAGCAGCUGGACAUGUUUAAGACCAACUUAGAAGAGUUUGCCAGCAAACACAAGCAGGAGAUCCGUAAAAACCCCGAGUUCCGGGUCCAGUUCCAGGACAUGUGCGCCACAAUCGGAGUGGAUCCUUUGGCAUCCGGUAAAGGAUUCUGGUCAGAGAUGCUGGGAGUUGGAGACUUUUACUAUGAACUGGGUGUGCAGAUCAUUGAAGUCUGCCUGGCUCUGAAACACAGGAAUGGAGGUCUGAUAACACUGGAAGAACUUCAUCAGCAAGUGCUGAAGGGAAGGGGGAAGUUUGCUCAGGAUGUCAGCCAGGAUGAUCUCCUCCGUGCAAUCAAGAAACUGAAGGUCUUGGGAAAUGGCUUUGGGAUUAUCCCUGUUGGUGGAACAUACCUGAUCCAGUCUGUACCAGCUGAACUGAACAUGGAUCACACUGUCGUCUUGCAGCUGGCAGAGAAAAAGGGCUAUGUAACAGUCAGUGAGAUCAGGUCCAGCCUGAAGUGGGAGACGGAACGCGCAAAGCAAGUGCUGGAACACUUGCUGAAGGAAGGAAUGGCCUGGCUGGAUACGCAGGCAGCAGGAGAACCUCAGUACUGGCUGCCUGCUCUCUUUACAGAGCUGUACUCUCAGGAAAUCACUCCAGAGGAAGCCAAGGAGGCAAUACCUUGACUGCUACGCGUCCUGUGCCUGAUUAUAAUUCUCCUUGUGAGGUUAUUUGCAUAUCACCCGAAACACAGGGACAGUGGACUUGAAAUAAAAGUUUUGUAAAAAGUGUCUAGCUUGAACAGCUUGAUAGGACUAAUUCGUACUUACCUCUGAAUUUUCUCCUUUGUUGUGGGUGGAAAUGCCACUUACCAUUACAGACAACCAAUUACCUUGUCACAGCAAGAGGAAGAUUAUCUAAGCUGCUAUUGCAACCGCAGUCUCGGAGGAUGCAAACGUGACUCCGGCUAAAGAAUCUUGGAGCCAACAGUGACACUGAGAAACUGUUCUGUGGUCCUCUCCACUCUGUGAAUGAGUCGUCGUUCCACUAAGGAGUACCACAGUCUAGAUUCUGCCAAAACAAACUUUAUUGCACAAAAAAAAAAAUCUUAUGUACAAUAGUAUAUAAACAAGGUAUCUUAGAGUGACUCUUGUGCAUAUAUUUUCAACUCAAUUAGGUCUAAAAAUCUGUUGCUAAAACGUCUGCCUAGAGCAGUCAUUUGAGGAUUGUCACUUUGAAAUUGAAACAUUCAGAAAUGGUAGGACAGACAACAUUAGAGCUAUAAAACUAAUACUUCUCUUUCACAGCCACAUGCUAGUUAUGUGAAUAGUGUCCACAAUAAGGCAUUUUCUUGUUUCGUUGUUAUCGGUGGAUGGUAACGCCACAUGCAUCACAAACAGAUUUCAGAACCAGCUCUGCCUUGGGAAGGCAGCAGAGUCACAGCUCUACCCACAAUGCUACUGAAUGGUGAAAAACAACGUGACAUUUACAAUGGGAUUGAAGAGGCGGUAAAGUAGCACACAGCUCAUGACUUCUCGGGAGACCCCUCUGCCCCCCAAGACCUCAUUUCAAGGUGAACACCGCUUUAUUUCAUCUGGUGUAGGUGUUGAGUGAGUCCUAUGUAAGUUCAGCUUUCCCUCGAGGGAAGACGGGGUUUAAGUCUAAAUCAAGCCAAUGACAGACCCAGGGGAGUUUGCUUGCUAAAGGGAAAAAAAAAAAGGUUCCCAAGCUGUUAAAUGGCACCUUAACGAUUCAGAAAUGUUUCCACCUUUCAGCUUUUCAGAGCUGCUUAAGCAGCAGUGUGCAGGCUUCUGAGUUCUGCAAGAGUUGAUAUAAAUCAGAGAGACUGAAAAUAAUUCAGUGACGCAUGGGGCAUUGCCUUUCUGUACAGCGCACGGCAGGGGUCUUUUGGCCCCUUUAUUCUGCCUUUUUUUUUUUUUUU